AUGCGGCUUUCUCCUCGGAACCCCGGCAGCACCGUCUGCACGCAUUCGGGGAGCUUCCUUUCCUUGUCUCGGGGCGGUUCGUCCAGGGUGGAAGAAGCAUGUGACAUCUACGCAAGAGCAGCCAACAUGUUCAAAAUGGCCAAGAACUGGAGCGCCGCAGGGAACGCUUUCUGCCAGGCCGCCCAGCUACAUCUGCAGUUGCAGAACAAGCACGACGCAGCCACCAGCUUCGUGGAUGCCGGCAACGCUUUCAAGAAAGCUGAUCCGCAAGAUGGGCUGUUUUGGGGGUCACGGGAGGCGCACCGGGCGACCCGCGUAUCCCAGAGUGCCGGUGCCUGGUUCUCACCCAUCUGCCUUCCUUCCCCCGCCCAGGGCCGUUUCACCAUCGCAGCCAAGCAUCACAUAACGAUAGCGGAGAUCUACGAGAUGGAGCUGGUGGAUAUCGAAAAG